CUUCAGGAAAGCUAAAAAAAAAAAAAAAGCUAAGUUUGGAUUAAGGUGCAGGGAAAACUACAAUUCCCAGAAAGCUCUGGAAUAGUUAACCGAAGAGAACUACAGUUCCCAGAAGGCCUUUAAUUGGCCUCAGGUGCCCCACCUGCCUGUGUCAAAUACCGCGUGUGAAAUCAUACAGAUCUUUUCCAAACUCGACCAAAACGUAAUACCUAAAGGGAUGGUACCCUAAAUACAGCUAUCGAGUUGUCAAUCUUGGUGUAUAUCAUUUAUACUUAAAUUGUCCGCUGGGCUAUGACCCACGGAGUACCUGACUGUGCUUAUGAAGUGUUCGGCAAAAAAGGUUUACUUACUGCAGUGUCACCAGUCAGUAAUGACGUUCGGGCCGCUGGGCUUACCUGGAUCCCUAGUGCGUGUGGAGGUGUAACACGCCUGAUAUAAACAGAAGAGACAUUUAGCCACAGGUUUUCAAAAGGGCACGCUGCUCCAGGGGACAUGAAGCAGCAUGCUAGAACCAGCCAAGAAUAAAGGUGUCCUCCGCGUCCCUAUCGCCCCCUUCUUGCUCGUUAGAAAGGCGAGGCCAAAACUGAGUCCGAGCUUUCUAUCUGGUACCCAAAAACUAGAAAGGCAGAAAAGCAACCAGAGGCGGGAAAAGCCCAAGCAGGCCAGAGGAAAUACAGCCGCUGCCGAGAGCCGGGAGGUUCAGAAGCUCCGCUUGUUACCUAAAACCAGAUGGGGACAGAGACGUCACACCUGGGCCCAGGCGUGUCUCGCCCUCGGUCCCUGCAGAGCUGAGGCCAAGAAUGACAGGAAUUCUCCCUUGCAGCUCCCAGCUUAGGACGGUCACAGCCAUCUCCGAGGCCGCUCUCAGGGGAAAAUGGCCAGAAAGCAUGUAGCGGCUCCUUUAAGGCUCCUCCUCGCUCGCCCUCCCUCGCCCACGUGACCCGGGGCGGCCGCGCGCCGGCUCGGCCCCCCGCGCAAGCGGCGAUGGCGGCGGCGGCGGGAGCUGCAGCGGCGGCGGCCGCCGAGGGGGAGGCCCCCGCUGAGAUGGGGGCGCUGCUGCUGGAGAAGGAAACCAGAGCCACCGAGAGAGUUCAUGGCUCUUUGGGGGACACCCCUCGUAGUGAAGAGACCCUGCCCAAGGCCACCCCCGACUCCGUGGCGCCUGCUGGCCCCUCAUCUCCAGCCUCUGUCACUGUCACUGUUGGCGAUGAGGGGGCUGACACCCCUGUAGGGGCUACACCGCUCAUUGGGGAUGAAUCCGAAAAUCUUGAGGGAGAUGGGGACCUCCAUGGGGGCCGGAUCCUGCUGGGCCAUGCUACAAAGUCAUUCCCCUCUUCCCCCAGCAAGGGGGGUUCCUGUCCUAGCCGGGCCAAGAUGUCAAUGACAGGGGCGGGAAAAUCACCUCCAUCUGUCCAGAGUUUGGCUAUGAGGCUGCUGAGUAUGCCGGGAGCCCAGGGAGCUGCAGCAGCAGGGCCUGAACCCCCUCCAGCCACCACUAGCCCAGAGGGACAGCCCAAGGUCCACCGAGCCCGCAAAACCAUGUCCAAACCAGGAAAUGGACAGCCCCCGGUCCCUGAGAAGCGGCCCCCUGAAGUACAGCAUUUCCGCAUGAGUGACGAUGUCCACUCACUGGGAAAGGUCACCUCAGAUGUGGCCAAAAGGAGGAAGCUGAACUCAGGAGGUGGCCUGUCGGAGGAGUUAGGUUCUGCCCGGCGUUCAGGAGAAGUGACCCUGGCGAAAGGGGACCCCGGGUCCCUGGAGGAGUGGGAGACGGUCGUGGGUGAUGACUUCAGUCUCUACUAUGAUUCCUACUCUGUGGAUGAGCGAGUGGACUCCGACAGCAAGUCUGAAGUUGAAGCUCUAACUGAACAACUAAGUGAAGAGGAGGAGGAAGAAGAGGAGGAAGAAGAGGAGGAGGAAGAAGAGGAGGAAGAGGAAGAAGAAGAGGAAGAUGAGGAGUCAGGGAAUCAGUCAGAUAGAAGUGGUUCCAGUGGCCGGCGCAAGGCCAAGAAGAAAUGGCGAAAAGACAGCCCGUGGGUGAAGCCAUCUCGGAAACGGCGCAAGCGGGAGCCUCCGCGGGCCAAGGAGCCACGAGGAGUGAAUGGUGUGGGCUCCUCAGGCCCCAGUGAGUACAUGGAGGUCCCUCUGGGGUCCCUGGAGCUGCCCAGCGAGGGGACCCUCUCCCCCAACCACGCUGGGGUGUCCAAUGACACAUCUUCGCUGGAGACAGAGCGAGGGUUUGAGGAGUUGCCCCUGUGCAGCUGCCGCAUGGAGGCACCCAAGAUCGACCGCAUCAGCGAGAGGGCGGGGCACAAGUGCAUGGCCACCGAGAGUGUGGACGGAGAGCUGUCAGGCUGCAAUGCCGCCAUCCUCAAGCGGGAGACCAUGAGGCCAUCCAGCCGCGUGGCCCUGAUGGUGCUCUGUGAGACCCACCGCGCCCGCAUGGUCAAACACCACUGCUGCCCGGGCUGCGGCUACUUCUGCACAGCGGGCACCUUCCUGGAGUGCCACCCUGACUUCCGUGUGGCCCACCGCUUCCACAAGGCCUGUGUGUCUCAGCUGAAUGGGAUGGUCUUCUGUCCCCACUGUGGGGAGGAUGCUUCUGAAGCUCAAGAGGUGACCAUCCCUCGGGGUGACGGGGUGACCCCGCCGGCCGGCACUGCAGCUCCUGCACCCCCACCCCUGUCCCAGGAUGCCCCCGGGAGAGCAGACACUUCUCAGCCCAGUGCCCGGAUGCGAGGGCAUGGGGAGCCCCGGCGCCCGCCCUGCGAUCCCCUGGCUGACACCAUCGACAGCUCAGGGCCCUCCCUGACCCUGCCCAAUGGGGGCUGCCUUUCAGCCGUGGGGCUGCCACUGGGGCCAGGCCGGGAGGCCCUGGAAAAGGCCCUGGUCAUCCAGGAGUCAGAGAGGCGGAAGAAGCUCCGUUUCCACCCUCGGCAGUUGUACCUGUCCGUGAAGCAGGGCGAGCUGCAGAAGGUGAUCCUGAUGCUGUUGGACAACCUGGACCCCAACUUCCAGAGCGACCAGCAGAGCAAGCGCACACCCCUGCAUGCAGCCGCCCAGAAGGGCUCCGUGGAGAUCUGCCAUGUGCUGCUGCAGGCUGGAGCCAACAUAAAUGCAGUGGACAAACAGCAGCGGACGCCACUGAUGGAGGCCGUGGUGAACAACCACCUGGAGGUGGCCCGUUACAUGGUGCAGCGUGGUGGCUGUGUCUAUAGCAAGGAGGAGGACGGCUCCACCUGCCUCCACCACGCAGCCAAAAUCGGGAACUUGGAGAUGGUCAGCCUGCUGCUGAGCACAGGACAGGUGGACGUCAACGCCCAGGGCCAGCUGCCCCCACCCUCACUCCCUUCCCACCCACAGGACAGUGGGGGGUGGACGCCCAUCAUCUGGGCUGCAGAGCACAAGCACAUCGAGGUGAUCCGAAUGCUACUGACGCGGGGCGCCGACGUCACCCUCACUGACAACGAGGAAAACAUCUGCCUGCACUGGGCCUCCUUCACAGGCAGCGCCGCCAUCGCCGAAGUCCUUCUGAAUGCACGCUGCGACCUCCAUGCUGUCAACUACCACGGGGACACCCCCCUGCACAUCGCAGCUCGGGAGAGCUACCAUGACUGCGUGCUGUUAUUCCUGUCACGUGGGGCCAAUCCUGAGCUGCGUAACAAGGAGGGGGACACAGCAUGGGACCUGACUCCCGAGCGCUCCGACGUGUGGUUUGCGCUUCAACUCAACCGCAAGCUCCGACUUGGGGUGGGAAAUCGGGCCAUCCGCACAGAGAAGAUCAUCUGCCGGGACGUGGCUCGGGGCUAUGAGAACGUGCCCAUUCCCUGUGUCAACGGUGUGGAUGGGGAGCCCUGCCCCGAGGAUUACAAGUACAUCUCGGAGAACUGCGAGACGUCCACCAUGAACAUUGACCGCAACAUCACCCACCUGCAGCACUGCACGUGUGUGGACGACUGCUCCAGCUCCAACUGCCUGUGCGGCCAGCUCAGCAUCCGGUGUUGGUAUGACAAGGAUGGGCGAUUGCUCCAGGAAUUUAACAAGAUUGAGCCCCCGCUGAUUUUCGAGUGUAACCAGGCGUGCUCAUGCUGGAGAAACUGCAAGAACCGGGUUGUACAGAGUGGCAUCAAGGUGCGGCUACAGCUCUACCGAACAGCCAAGAUGGGCUGGGGGGUCCGCGCCCUGCAGACCAUCCCACAGGGGACCUUCAUCUGCGAGUAUGUCGGGGAGCUGAUCUCUGAUGCCGAGGCUGAUGUGAGAGAAGAUGAUUCUUACCUCUUCGACUUAGACAACAAGGAUGGAGAGGUGUACUGCAUUGAUGCCCGUUACUAUGGCAACAUCAGCCGCUUCAUCAACCACCUGUGUGACCCCAACAUCAUUCCCGUCCGGGUCUUCAUGCUGCACCAAGACCUGCGAUUUCCACGCAUCGCCUUCUUUAGUUCCCGAGACAUCCGGACUGGGGAGGAGCUAGGGUUUGACUAUGGCGACCGCUUCUGGGACAUCAAAAGCAAAUAUUUCACCUGCCAGUGUGGCUCUGAGAAGUGCAAGCACUCAGCCGAAGCCAUUGCCCUGGAGCAGAGCCGUCUGGCCCGCCUGGACCCACACCCUGAGCUGCUGCCCGAGCUCAGCUCCCUGCCCCCUGUCAACACAUGAGAACGGACCACACCCUCCCUCCCCAGCAUGGAUGGCCACAGCUCAGCCGCCUCCUCUGCCACCAGCUGCUCGCAGCCCAUGCCUGGGGGUGCUGCCAUCUUCUGUCCCCACCACCCUUUCACACAUUCCUGACCAGAGAUCCCAGCCAGGCCCUGGAGGUCUGACAGCCCCUCCCUCCCAGAGCUGGUUCCUCCCUGGGAGGGCAACUUCAGGGCUGGCCACCCCCCUGUUACCCACCCUCAGUUGAAGUUUGAUGAAUUGAAGUUGGGCCUCUAUGCCAACUGGUUCCUUUUGUUCUCAAUAAAUGUUGGGUUUGGUAAUAAA